AUGCCUCCUUUGGUAUUUGUGUAUCUCUUAAAAGAAUGUUAUGCUUACGGAACAUGCAAGGCAACUGCAAAGUUCCGUGCAUUACAAGAUCAAGUGCAUCAAGUCCUUUACAAUGACCCUCAACCUGGUCCUGCUACUUUCAUUGCUUACUGCCUCUGUCUUCUGCCCAUAUUUGAAACACACAGAGAGGGCUUGAGUCAUUUGAUUAUAUCUGCUCUCCGUCGAUUUCUGAAAACAGGAUCCAAUGCUGAAGACAUACUCAAUGCAAAACUUUUCACUGCCAAAUUAUUUUUGGAUGUUACUGGUGGUAGUAUGGUACAUGAUGAAAGGAUUCUACUAAAGAUUCUUCAGGUUUUUGACGUCAGUUUAGAAAAUAUAGAGGAAGUUAUUCAUGAUUCUAAUGUGAAGAGGAGUAUCAAUAUAGAUAGAGCAAAAGAAUUAGUUGAGCAGUAUAUUUUUGAGUUGAUAGAAUCCCAAUCAUUCAUGAAUGCUGUUUCACUAUUGGAACACUUCUCUAUCCGUAAUCCUGGGGAGUCAUUUCUACUUAAAAUGAUGGAAUGCGGAGAAUAUAAAGCAGCUGAAAAGUGGGCCGCAUUCAUGGGGAAAUCUAUGUUGUGCAUACUUGUCCGAGAAUAUGUUGACAGGAAGCUUGUAAAACCUGCUUACUGUAUUAUAAAGAAAAAUAACAUGCAUCAGGAAUUCCCUGAACUAUAUCAUCAGUAUAAAGAAAGCUCACUGAAGAAACUAGCAGAAAAAGGUGUCUGGGAUGUAGCGGAGGCAAGAGCCAAUGCCGAUAAACAGCUUCUCGAGUAUUUGGUUUAUUUGGCAAUGGAAGCUGGCUACUCAGAAAAGGUUGAAGAACUUUGUGAUCGCUAUUCCCUCAAUGGUUUCGUGAAUGUCAAAGAGCUCGAGGCUAAUGUUGUCCACAACGGCUAUUUGCACCUUGACGAAUUGUUGAUUGAGGAUGUUGUUUGGGUAGAUGAAGUCCAUGGUUUGCUUGAAUCAACAUCAUACUUUGAGAAUUGCAAAAUUAUUGGCAUUGACUGUGAAUGGAAACCUAAUUAUGAAAAGGGCAGCAAACCCAGUAAGGUUUCUAUCAUGCAAAUUGCAUCUGAGAGAAAGGUUUACAUAUUUGACUUGAUAAAGCUAUAUGAAGACAUUCCAACUGUACUAGAUGAAUGCCUUGCCCGUGUAUUGCACUCUCCAAGUAUUCUGAAGCUUGGCUACAAUUUUCAAUGUGAUGCAAAGCAGCUUGCUCAUUCUUAUGGAGAUCUGAGUUGUUUCAAGCACUGUGAGAUGCUCCUAGAUAUUCAGAAUGUGUUCAAAGAGCCGCGAGGUGGUCUUUCUGGUUUAGCAAAGAAGAUACUAGGAACUGGUUUGAACAAAACAAGACGAAACAGUAACUGGGAGCAACGGCCUUUGACUCAGUAUCAGCUGGAAUAUGCUGCUCUUGAUGCUGCUGUCCUCCUCCACAUAUUUCAGCAUGUACGCAACCACUCGCUGCCAACAGACUCCCUCGAUGAGCAUUCCAAAAUCGAAUGGAAAUCUUGCAUUGUUUCACACAUGGACAUCAACAAAAUGGCGAAAAAGGAUGCCAAAACCAAAAGCGGGUUUGAUUCUGGGACGAACGACUCUUCAGAAAGCAUCGCAACACAUGAGCCUUGUCCAUCGAUGUGA